AAUUCCUCCAUUCAAAAUCGAACAACUCAUAAAGGAUAUUCAAUUCUCUAAUUGAGGAAUGGCUAGAGAAUUCACUCCCUCUUUAACAAGACAAAAUAAAAAGAAAUCUUGUUUGAUACAUAGCUGUCCACUUGGCCACACAUUUUUCAAAUUUGAAAAUGGGCAUCCAGCUAGGGACAUUAACUCAUCUCCCUUUGCAUGAGUGAACCAUAUUCUAUAUAUAACUAAGUUGUUCUUAACUCCUUACUAUCGUUCAUUACCCAGUACUAUACAUGUCUCUUUUAGCUUCGGUUCCAGUGAUGCCUUCGACUCAACGGGCUCCUUCUAACUCAAAGCGACGCUCUGUAAAUUGUGCUCCUAGCAUUUGGCAUGAUACUUUCCUGAAAUAUGCUGAUUCCGAAUCUUUGAUGCAGGUCGAGAGGCAUCUCGUUAGGCGUCUGGACUCUUGAAGCGAAGUGGUUACUGUGUUAUUUUGUUAUGCUAUGAUGUAUAUAUAUGUACUUAGCUUUCUCUCCACAUAACUUAUUCUUUUUGAUCCUCCUAGAGGUAUAUGGAGAGGCAAGAUUUUGUUUAUGUACAUUUGGGUUUUGGAUAUGUAUAUAUAUAUGUGUGUGUGUGUGUGUAUUCUCCGGCCAGUCUUGACUUCGCAGGCUGAGUUAGGAGCUCGUUAUUUUGUAUUUUUGACUCUCUGUUCCUGUUUUGGGUUACUUUACACUUGACAGCGGUAGCUUUCUUAGCACGCAAGUUAACUCGUUUCUCGAGCGUUGCACUUUUAUUUCGCGUUUUCUAUUUCCUCUAUUCUUCAAGACUCUUAGCAUAUUAUAAUUCUUCUACUAUUAUAUAUAUACGUUUUAUUUUAGAGGCCGUAAUACGACACCACCUCUGUUUUACGACUUAAGCGUAAAACUCUGUGUGGUAGGGUGUUACAUUAUGGUAUCAGAGCAGUUCGUUCCUAUAGAGUCUGAAAGACGGACUGAUUGUGCUUAUGUACAUUCUCUGUAUAUGUGUUUAUGUGCUAUUAGGAUAUCUGACUGAUAUAUAUAGCAUAAACGUUUGUGAGCAUGCAUUGGGAACUUAAAGCAUUAGACCUGUGAUAUUAAGACUGAUCAACUUAAUAUCACUUGUUUAGUGUGUAUGAGAACCAUAUGUCGACUCGCGGAUGCGGUCGUGGGCGAGGUAGAGAUAGGAUAGGCACCGUUACUCCUGGCCUGGCAGGGAAUGAUCCAGUAGACUUUAUGGCUGCUCUGGGAAAUAUGGCUGCAGCUAUGCAGGCAACAACCGAGGCACUGGGUAAUAAGAUAAACCAGGAUAAUCACGGGAACAAUAAUGAUGAGGAUGGUCUUGUGACAUUUGCUAUAUUUCUGAAAUUUCACCCUCCGACCUUCAGGGGAACCUCAAAUUCCACUGAUGCAGAUAAUUGGAUUCAGGCUAUGGAAAGGGCGUUGCAGGCUCAGCAGGUUCCUGAGGAGCAAUGGGAUGAAUUUGGAACUCAUCAGCUGCAAGGCGAGGCUCAGCAUUGGUGGUAGGGAAUAUGACGUAUCCUGCAGGCAGAUGAUGUUGGGAUAACCGAGAGGUUGGUUAUCUAAGAAUCAUGUUUUGCUUGAUUGUUCUGAGAAGUCAGUAUAGUUUACGCCGGAAGGGUCAGAAGCACCGGUUGUGGUGAAUAGUUACUAUUUGAACUCUAUGAUAGUAAACUGUUCUGGAACUGAAUGUUAGGGUAUUAUGUUAUUAACUGCGGGAGUAUCAGGUGAUGAUCAGAGUUUAGAGCAGAUUCCGGUUGUAUGCGAAUUUCCAGAUGUGUUUCCAGAUGAUAUUAAUGAAUUUCCAUCUAAUCGGGAGGUUAAAUUUGCAAUUGAGUUGGUGCCUAGAGCCGAUUCAAUUUCGAUUAUUCUUUACAGGAUGUCACCUUUAGAAAUGGCUGAACUGAAAGCUCAGCUGGAAGAUCUGUUGGGUAAGCAUUUUAUCCAACCAAGUGUUUCUCCGUGGGGAGCGCCAGUGUUAUUGGUAAAGAAGAAGGACGGGAGUAUGUGCUUGUGUGUUGAUUAUCAGCAAUUGAAUAAGAUCACUGUGAAGAACAAAUAUCCAUUACCUAGAAUUGACGACCUAAUGGAUCAGUUACAAGGUGCUGGUGUGUUUUCUUAGAUUGAUCUGCGAUCCGGGUAUCAUCAGAUAAGGGUUAGAGAUGAGGAUAUUCCGAAAACUGCUUUCAGGACAUGUUACGGUCAUUAUGAGUAUACGGUGAUGUAUUUUUGAUUGACUAAUGCUCUAGCAGUAUUUAUGGAUUACAUGAAUAGGAUUUUUCGACCGUAU